AUGCCUACUACUAUAACUCCACUCGAAGUUGUGAUAACCAAAUCAGUUACUGAGGAGGUUCCAAUUUCAAACAUUAUUGCAAACAUAUGUAAUGCGGGUGCACAUAUUUCUAUGAGUGUUGUUUCAUUAUCCCAAGGUAUUCAUGUUAUAGUUUCUUCUAAAUCCAUUUCAACUACUUCUGUUUCGUUACCACCAUUUAUCAUUCCUAUAGUUCCAACAUCAUCUUCACCAACAUUCACUCAAAUACUAAAUCAACCUUUCACUACUUUGUUUUCUUCCCAAUCCACUAAUCCACCAAAAUCCAAUGAUCCACCCAAACCUCUUGAUGAUUCUGAAACCGAAGAUGCAGGGUUUAGAGGAACUUUCGAAAAGCUUGGAUUUGAUGAUGAGGAAGAAAAUUUUCUAGAUCGCAUGUUAAUGUCUAUGAAGCAGUUCAAGAUUCUUAACAAGAAGUUGAAUUCGAUAAUUCAAUCUCAAGCUGAUAUGGGGGAAGUAAUUCGGUGUCAAGAAUGGAAAUUGAUGGUAGAUCAAAAUGAUCAGAAUAAUGAACUUCGAAUCAAAUCUCAAUCUUCAACGUUUAAUGGAGAAGUUCAAGAUUUUCGAAGGCUUGACAAAGAACGACAUGUAAUGUUCGUUCAAGAUGUGAAAAGGGUACGAGAAGAUGUUAAUUUCAAACUUCAAGAGCUUCGAGAAGACAUGGCCAAAGAAAUUGAAGUGGUGAAACGUGAUUAUGCUUCUCUAAAUCAACAAGUUGACAGUAUUGUUGAGGUUGUCACCAAGUUCGUGAAGCUAUAUGAAGCCUUGAGUCCUAAUCUUACUCAGUUGUCUACUACAGAAUCUACCAGUUUUGCUGAGAUCAAUACUCAAUUGAAUGAGUUAAAAGAUUUACCCUCGAAGUCCAGUUCCUUUUCAUUGAUAACUCCUGAGUUUUUAUCUCAAAAGUUUACCUAA